AUGACUUUCUUAACUCACUUCAAUAAAAAUAAUAGAAAUUAUGUCAAAACUUCCAGAAACAAAAAUAAUAAUGAUAAUGAAGAAGACACGAUAUCACCACAAUUAUAUGCAUUAGCUGCUCGUUUGAAUAUUCGAGUAUCUCAUCCAAAAUUGCUUUUACAAGCUGUAACUCAUAAGACAUAUGAUAAUACAACAUUACCAUCAAGUGAAGGUUUUCGAGUUCUAGGAAACCACGCGCUUGGUCUAUAUGUUACCGAAUACCUACACAUUAAAUAUCCUCUUAUACCUUUACCAUGCUUACAAAAAGCUCUGACAGGAUAUUGUGGUCAUGUAUCAUUAGCUGCUUUUGGACAAGAAGUUGGUUUACAACAUGUAGUCAGGUGGCAUCCGAUUACAGAUGAAUACUUAUAUAAACAUUCUAAAAUUUAUUCAAAUAUGGUACCAGAAGAUAAACCAGUUAAAAUUAAGCAAGUUACUAUUAGUAAUGUAAUAGCGGAAUCUGUUCAAUCUAUCAUUGGAAUUUUAUACAAAGACAAUGCAACCCAAAAAUUCAUUCACGAUCAUAUAUUAUCUAGAGAAGUUAAAAUACAAGAUACCAUGCAUCUCGAAGAUCCACAAAAAGAAUUGUUUGCUUUGAUGAGACGAAAAGAGCGAGCCCAACCAAUUGCAAGAUUAAAAGGUGAAAGUGGUGCUCUUUCAAGUAAUCCUGUAUUUGUUGUGGGAAUUUAUUCAGAUAUUGAUCAAUUGGGUGAAGGAUAUGGAAGUUCAAAAAAGAUGGCUGAAUUCAGGGCGUUUAGAGAUGCUUUACAUCAAUAUUAUUUAAAAGAAGUUAAAGAUUUCACAUUACCAUCCUCAGUCAAUUCCCCUGAAGCACAAGCAAAUUUCAAGCCAACAGAAAUUGGUGAUACUACACCAAAACUUUGA